AUCACAUCCGGAUGGAAUUGUGCCAAUACGUCCAACGAGGUCGGACAUCUUUGAUUUCCACCAUACUUAUCCGAUGGAAGUAGAAGCGGUUCUACGUCAUCACGCAUUACAGGAAGGUGAACUCAGAGCAUGCGUGAAAAAGAUGAUUGACAAAAAUCGUGUCGUUUUCCAUGUCAGUGUUCCUGAAGAUGAAAUAGAUGAUGAUGAGUUCGCUCUUCAGGUGUUCGUAAGGAUGCCCCACACUAAUUACACCCUGGUCAACGUCCUGAACUUUCUCCUCACAGAGCACCCGGAAACGUAUGAGAUAGAAAACGAGUCCACGCACGACGGGAAAUGUGUUCUGGAUCUGGUGAACCAGGAACAUCUGGAACAUCUUCGGGCAGCACUCGACAAAGCCGACUGUGACACAAACUGGUCCAAUGUCAACCUAGCCGAGGAUAUGACGAUCUGCCUUAACAACAACAGUCAAGGUUGGGCAUCAAAAGAGGAACGAUAUGUACGGAAUCAUCUCUCUAGUGCCAUGAACAACAGAAAUAGGAAAGAAUUGGAAAUCGCUCUCCGUGGACUACAAAAUCACGGUCAUCUGAAUCUCAGCCUCAAGCCGGAAAUGGCCGUACUUGCUCUGUUAUACGAGGAAGAAAUCCAGAAAAGAAGGUCUGUCAACGAUCUGGACAACUUAAUGAAGACGAUCGCUGAAUCCAGUCAGUCUGUAGUCAGUGACAUCCUGGAAUCUUCCCCGGUAGUGCAAUCAGCCCGAGACUUUCUGAGUCGACAGUUACGUGUGAAGCAAUAUAAUAUGGUCAUGCAAACGCUGACAUCACAGACUGUGGCCGAUGUGGCAGACUGUGAGCGUCCUAAUAGCAUCUGCUUUGUGGUCUUAAGGUCAACGUACCUUCUACUGGGAGAGGAACUGCCAUUGCAGAGAUGGUCUGAUGUUCGACACCUGCUUCGGAUCAAGGGACAUAAUAGUCUUAUCAGCAGGAUAAGCCGCUUCAGCCUGGACGCCCUUAGUAAUGAAGUCAGCAAUGAGGUCAAGGACGCGCUUGUUAAGUUCACGAUUGAAGAGGUCAAGGCCACGGGAUCAGCGGUUGCAGCUUUUUAUCUAUGGGCACUGGGGGUCGUGAUGGAAGUCAGAUGAAGAGGACACUUACAAGAAAUGUACAAUAGAUCAAUAAAACAUUAUCC